GGGCAUUUUUAAUCGAAUAAAAAUCUUCCUCUUCAUCUUUCUGCUGUUGUAUUUCCAACUAGGGAGUUUUCACUGACAGCUAUGUGUUUCUGAAAUGGGAGUCAUUUUACUGUCGCAUAGCUACUAUAACACAUAGCUCCCUGCUCCUUCUCUGUUGUUUUUAGCACAACCGGCUAACGAUAACUUGUCAUCACACAUUUUUAUUGUCGUAGAUAGUGUUUGAAAUGUCCAUCUUAACAUAAGACCGGAUGGGUAACGCGUAAAUAUAUAUGUUGUUUUUAACGCUGCUGUGAUUGAUGACCAGCUGGUUGGGGGGUGAUCAGAAGUCAUCACAAUACACCCCAUCUUGCCAAAUGGACGAUGAUCUAAAACCUCUGGAUUUCAUAAAGGACUUUCAAGAGUACCUGACACAGCAAACACACCAUGUCAACAUGAUCUCAGGCUCUGUCUGCGGGGAGAUGGAGCCUGACCACCUCCAAGCUGUAGCAGCAGCUGCUAUCCCAGAGAGUGAUCAUCAAAAUGGAUCAAUGGAAGUUCCUCUGGACGACAACAACUCUGGGCUGCUGGUGGACGGCUUCCAGAGGACCUUCGACGGCAAGCUCAAGUGUAGCUACUGUAGCUACGCCAGUAAAGGCACCGCUCGCCUGAUAGAGCACAUCAGAAUUCACACAGGAGAGAAGCCUCAUCGAUGCCAGCUGUGCCCGUUCGCCUCUGCCUACGAGCGUCACCUUGAGGCCCACAUGCGCUCCCACACGGGAGAGAAGCCCUACAAGUGUGACCUCUGCUCCUUCCGUUGCAGCGACCGCAGCAACCUGUCCCACCACCGCCGGCGCCGCCACAAGCUUUUACCCAUGAAGGGGUCGGUGCUGCCCUCUUUCCUCUCCAACAAGAAGAUGCUGAACGUCCUACAGAAGAAGAGUGGCAGCUCCCUGGGCCUGGGAGACUACAGCAGACACCUCCUCAUCAACUUCAGCCCUCCCUCCAUGGUGGUGGGGAAACCAGACUACCUGAACCAUGAGGCGUACGAGAACAAUGUGAAGGACCAUGGGAAUGGAGGAGGAGGAGGAGGUGCCAGCAGGGAUGUCAACAGUGACAUGGCGGUGGACAACAAUCCACUGAACCAGCUGUCUACGCUGGCAGGCCAGUUGUCCAACCUCCCCCCAGUGGACCAGACCCCUGUAUCUCCUGACAGACUGUCCUGUAACGACGUCAAGCCAUUCCUCAUCCAGCAGGCGUCCGGUGCACCGAUUGCAGUGUCAGUAUCUUUAUCCACCAGUCAAAGUGGUGCCCACCACCACCACUACCACCACCACCACCACCAAACCUCCUCUCCAACCAGCCCCGAGGACCUCCAAACCCCUGCAGGCCAUAGCAGGAACUACAUCCCCAGCCCUGUGGACCCAGAACCGAGCAGUGAGCACAGUGCACACACACGCACCAGCUCAGCUAGCAUUAGUAACAGCCAGCCCAGUACCCCUGCCUUACCCGGUAGCACACAGGACCCAGACCCACAGAUGUUGCACAGCUGUCAGCACUGCGACACCUACUUCUCUGACAACAUCCUGUAUACCAUUCACAUGGGUUGCCACGGCUACGAGAACCCCUUCCAGUGUAAUAUCUGCGGCUGUAAGUGCAGGAACAAGUACGACUUUGCCUGCCAUUUUGCUCGCGGGCAGCACACGCAGUGACUGCCUUGCACAGUAAACCAAGAGGAAUUUGAACGAUGUUUGGCGUCUCACAGAGCAUAUUAUCUUAUUCCGUGUUUAUGAUAAUCAGGGAUCAGAGCGAUUCUGAUCUAUAUUUUAUUGUAUCGUUUUAAAAAAAAAGAAUAAUAAUUAUGAUAUAACUUAGAGAGUGAGUGUUACUUUGAAAUGAGGAAUUGAUGCUUCUAUAAAUGGGAAAGUAAUCUGGAGGUUGGAGACGUUUAAUCAUUUGUCCUCCUCGGUGCCAUCUGAGAAUUUAAAGGAAGUCACUUCUUAUAAUUUUUUUAAUCUUUUUUUUUAUUUAACUUGGCAAAUCAGUUAAGAACAAAUUCAUAUUUACAAUGACGGCCUACCCCGGGCCAAUUGUGUGCCGCCCUAUGGGACUCCCAAUCACGGGCCGGAUGUGAUACAGCCUGGAUUCGAACCAGGGACUGUUGUGAUGUCUCUUGCACUGAGAUGCAGUGCCUUAGACCGCUGCGCCACACGAGAGCCCGACUCUGAAUUAGUUACAUAAAUAUUGGUGAUAUUACAUGCGAGUGACAAAACGUAUAGUUUAAAUAGCGAUUACAAGGUAUCUGGUUGCUGUGGCUAGAGUUGAAACACUUUUGACCUUGCCUUAUUUAAAAAUAUAUAUAUAUAUAUAUA